AUGGACCCGACAUUAUUUCUCCUUGUUAUUUCUACACUUGUGCAGCAAGUGCUCGUAGAAGUGGUUCCCCAUGAAACGUCGUUCGCAGCUGUAGUGGAGAUGACGUCGGGAGCCUCCAGGAUCUUCAGUGGGGAAGGUUUCCAGCUGAGAUGCAGCGUUCCCGAUGAGCAUAACUCCAAGUGGACUUACAUGUGGUUUAAGGAUGCUGACCAGCUGCCACAGUCUGGGCAGAAGCUAAAUUGGUGGAAAGCCAGGGUUCGAGAUAGUGGGAAAUUUUACUGCCAGGGAGUGAGGGACACUCUGGUGGGAAAAAUACACACCCUCAAAAGUCUGCCUGUGGAGAUCAACGUCGACGGAGGGUGGGCCAUUCUGCAAGUGCCAAAUCGAGGCUUUGUUAAGGAGACCUUGAAGCUCACUUGUCGCAUUCGAGGCAACCUCCCACUUCAUGAAGUGAUCUUGUACAAGGACAACGUGGAAAUUAUGAAACAGGAAGGCCGUAACCCACAUUUUUAUCUGAACAACUUGACCCUCGAAGACCAAGGAAUGUACUCUUGCCGUGUGUCCUGGGACAAAGACAGACGCACACACUCUGUAUCUUCAGUUGAUGCUCCAGUGCAGGCGUUAGAGCAUCUGUCAAAGCCUAUUUUGGAGAUUGUGGUAGACAAUGACCCAAAAGCAAAAACCAUGAAACUCGUCUGCCAUGUUCAGUACAACUUCCCCGCGCCCGCUCCUCCCGUAAGCUACUACUUCUACAAGGAUGGCGUCAAACUGGGAACAGCGUUGUCUGAGAACCAUACUGUGGUCAGACAGACCCCGGGUCAGUACAGCUGUAAGGCCAGGGUUGCUCAGUUAGGACUCAUCACAUGGAGUGAACCAAAAGCUCUGGGCGGGUGAUGCAUCCUUAAAGGUGAAAUACCUAACCUUUUCUGUCACAUUCCCUCCCGGUCCACAAACAAUACAUAAAUACAAAGCUGCAGGCCAUACAAAAUUUGAAAGAGGGCUGUAACUUUGGAUAUGCCCACUCUAAAUUGACCGUAGGUGUGACUAUGAGAAUGGAUGGUUGUUUGUCUCUAUAUGUGUCCCUGUGAUGGAGUGGCAACCUGUCCAGGGUGUACCCCGCCUAUCGCCCUAUGUCAGCUGAGAUUGGCAAAGUGCCCUCUGUGACCCUCAUGUGGAGGAUAAAGCGGUAGAAGAUGGAUGAAUGAAAUCCCUAACCCCAGUGACAGACAGACACUGUGCAUUGAGCUUCUGCCGUCAACUUGUCUCUGACUCUGAUAGUCCCAACUCUUCAAAAAUCCUCAACCUUUUUUUCUUUUCCCCUGAAUUUCUCUUUCUGAAUCAAAAGCCGUCUAGGCUCCACUGCAGCACCUGCACCUUCAUUCUGAGCAUCAUCCAAAUCUUCAGGUCCUCCAAGCUCUCUGCUUUCUCCAAUCCAUGUCUAUCAACCAAACCCAGUGCUUGAUGUAACAGAUGUAACAUGUGCUUUCAAUUUAGGCCAGAUCAUAAGAUAUAGUUUUGCUCGUGGAGGAUAUAUAUGACAUGGACAACAGAUAAAAAAAAGUGUAACAAAGAUAUUCUUUAUUGGCAGAAAGCCACUCUUCAAUUGCAACAAAUGAAAAAGUUCAGCUUUGACUUAAUUUAUAUUUCUCUAUAUAUUGGAAUUUACCAAUAAACAACCUCAGUUGUAAACAACAAAAUAAACAAAUUUACAAUAUGAAUGCUGUUCAAACAAAAAAGGCCCAAAGUAGUAAACAAAGCAAAGUCCAAUAAAGUCAACCGUCCACAUAAAUCA